UCUGGUGGUGCAGAGAAGAAUCCUGCAGGUCUCUGCUUCCCUGGAGCAGCUGCUGACAGAGCUGGACGACUUCCUCAAGGUUCUAGACCAGGAGAACCUGAGCAGUGCGGCCGUGGUGAAGAAGAGCGGCUUGUCGGAGCUCCUGCGACUUUACACCAAGAGCAGCAGUUCUGAUGAGGAAUAUAUUUACAUGAACAAAGUGGCAGUCAACAAGGAACAGAACCCAGCAUCUCCAGACAAAGUUCCCGAGGAGCAGCAGGGUCCACUGACCAAUGGGGAGCCCAGCCAGCACACCUCAGCCCCUCAGAAGAGCCUUCCAGACCUCCCUCCACCCAAGAUGAUUCCAGAGAGGAAACAGCCUACCAUUCCAAAGAUCGAGUCUCCCGAGGGCUACUAUGAGGAGGCUGAACCAUUUGACACAUCCAUCAACGGUCAUCAUGGAGCACAUCUCCCCAGUGGAGUCCCCAGAUGGGCACAGUUGCCUGAAGGAGUCCUUUACGCCACGAUCACCUUGGAGGACGGAGAGGCUGUGAGCAGCUCCUAUGAGUCCUACGACGAGGAGGAGAGCAGCAAAGGCAAGACAGCCCCCUACCAGUGGCCCUCGCCUGAGGCCAGCAUUGAGCUGAUGCGUGACGCCCGCAUCUGCGCCUUCCUGUGGCGCAAGAAGUGGUUAGGCCAGUGGGCCAAGCAGCUCUGUGUGAUCAGGGACACCAGGCUUUUGUGCUACAAAUCGUCCAAAGACCACAGUCCUCAGCUGGAUGUGAACCUGCUGGGCAGCAGCGUCGUGCACAAGGAGAAACAAGUGCGGAAGAAAGAGCACAAGCUCAAGAUCAUGCCGAUGAAUGCCGAUGUGAUCGUGCUGGGCCUGCAGAGCAAGGACCAGGCUGAGCAGUGGCUUCGGGUCAUCCAGGAGGUGAGUGGCCUGCCUUCUGAAGGAGCCUCGGAGGGAAACCAGUACACACCAGAUGCCCAGCGCCUGAACUGUCAGAAACCAGACAUAGCUGAGAAGUACAUGUCAUCGUCGGAGUACGGGAUCACCAUCAAUGGCCACCCUGAGAUCCCAGAGACCAGAGACGUCAAGAAGAAAUGUUCUGCUGGACUCAAGCUGAGCAACCUUAUGAACCUGGGCAGGAAGAAAUCUACCUCACUGGAGCCCCCGGACAGAUCCCUCGAGACAUCCAGCUACCUGAACGUGCUGGUGAACAGUCAGUGGAAGUCACGCUGGUGCUUUGUUAGAGACAGCCACCUGCACUUUUACCAGGACCGGAACCGGGGCAAGAUGGCCCAGCAGCCCCUCAGCCUGGUGGGUUGUGACGUGCUUCCGGAUCCCAGCCCUGACCACCUGUACUCCUUCCGUAUCCUCCACAAUGGCGAGGAGCUGGCCAAGCUUGAGGCCAAGUCAUCAGAGGAGAUGGGUCACUGGCUAGGCCUCCUGCUCUCAGAGUCCGGCUCCAAGACAGACCCGGAAGAGCUCACCUAUGACUAUGUGGAUGCUGAAAGGGUUUCCUGCAUUGUCAGUGCAGCCAAAACCUCUCUCUUACUGAUGCAGAGGAAGUUCUCAGAGCCCAACACAUACAUUGAUGGCCUGCCCAGCCGGGACUGCCAGGAAGAGCUGUAUGAUGAUGUGGAGAUGUCAGAGCUGAUGGCGGCGGUGGAGCCUGCUGAGGAAGCCACCCCUGCUGUGGAUGCCACCCCUGCUGUGGAUGCCAACAGUGGCAGUGACUUAGACCGAGUAUACCUGGAUCUCACACCUGUCAAGUCCUUCCUGCAUAAUACCAGUGAGGUCCAGGUGCAGGCCUCUCUCCCAGCGGUGCAACAUCUGGAUGACGUAGCUGAGACCCUCACAGUAGACCCAAAGCCAGGCACCACCCCAGAGGAGCCCUGCACAGAGUCUCCAGGAGGCCAGGAGACGCAGCAGAGGCAGCCAGAAGGUCAAGAGCCUUCGGAGCCCAUCGAGCCCACCCCGAGAGUCACCACGGUUAAGCUGCAGGCCGAGCAGCAGAGAAUCUCCUUCCCAGCCAACUGCCCGGACACCAUGGCUUCUGUCCCCAUCAGUGCCAGCCCACCUGUGAAGGACAAGCUGAGGGUGACCAGUGCAGAGAUCAAACUUGGGAAGAACCGGACAGAGGCGGAAGUGAAGCGGUACACAGAGGAGAAGAGGAGGCUGGAGAGGAGUAAGGAGGAGAUUCGAGGGCACCUGGCUCAGCUCCGCAGGGAGAAGAGGGAGCUCAAGGAGACCCUGUUAAGAUGCACAGAUAAGGGAGUUGUGGCCAAGCUGGAGCAGGCGUUGAAGAGAAUAGAUGAGGAAUGCCGGCUGGAGGAGAGCAGGCGCGUGGACCUCGAGCUCAGCAUCGUGGAGGUGAAGGACAACCUGAAGAAGGCAGAGGCUGGGCCCGUGACCCUGGGCACCACUGUGGAUACCACCCACCUGGACAACAUGAGCCCUCGUCCACAGCCCAAAGCUGCCACCCCCACCUCCACUCCAGACUCUACGCCAGUCAACUCUGCAUCCGUGCUUAAGAACAGGCCUCUUUCCGUCAUGGUCACAGGCAAAGGCACUGUCCUGCAGAAAGCGAAGGAAUGGGAGAAGAAAGGAGCCAGUUAGGAAACAAGAUUUGCCUAAAGACUCUUAUAAGAUCAUGGAUCUUGCUGACAAUCCUGCUCCGGUCAAGUCUUCCAUAAAACAGCAGCAACUCUGAGGAAAGGUGAGUCUGUUUACAAGAAAGAGCAAGGGACGAGAUGCUCGCAGCUUCGGUUAAGAGAAGGCCCUGUCCCCUCUUCAAGCCAAAGGGAACACAGUGGCGGCGGCAUUGGUGGCGUCUCCGGAGACGAAAUCUACUGGCUGUCCAUGAGACGACGUACUUCCCUUUUUCUUUCCUAAGAUUUCAUCCAUCACUCAACUGCUUUAUCAAGACUUUUUUUAGGUAGUGAAAAAAUGGCCACAUCGCUUUUGGUUAGGAGGAGAAUCUAAAUUUCUGACCCCUUCUCUCUUAUCCCGUACUUGGCAAUGCUAAGGUUUAAAUCAUGCGUUGCCCCCGUGUCUGUCCUCCAUAUUUGGGGGGCUCAACGUGGCCUUUGACGAUCUUAAAAGAACAUUAGAACCCUGGAAUCAGUAGCAGAGGGACAUACUGGGAACCGAGCUAAGGGACUGUCGCCCCCUAGGGGUCACUAAGGACUCCGCCCCAGUCCAGACAAACUUUCAAACUAUGCUGUAUUAUAUAGGAGGAAAAAUCCUGUGUUUACAGACUCUGUCCUGUGGCCAGGCUGCUUUUAAGAAAAGAGUUAAUUACCUCUUCAUUACCACGUUAAAGGUGUUUUAAAUUUCUGGUCCCCUUGCAAGGAAAACAGCCGUGAAUUAGAGUAGCUUUUCUUGUCUGUCAGAUUGGCAGCCAGUGCUGUCUUCACACGCUGUCUCCCGUGACAGCAUUAACUUGUGUUGAUACAUUUCAUCUGUUACCUGCCCCAUCUCUGAGCAGUUGGAACCAGUUAUCUCACACUGGUUUCUGAAGGCUAAAUGUUUUUACACGUAUAUUAUUGUCUUUCUAAUCCCAGGGCAUUUUAUUUUCUGUAUCAUAAACACUUGGUGACCUUUAUCAAGUGGCGAGUUAGACUUUUUUUUUUUUUUUUUUAAAUAAAAUGUUCAUUGUA